GGGCACCCGUUAUCAAACUAGGGCGUGCAAAUUGUUGGAUAAGCGCGUAAUUUUGGCGUAAACCGGGCCAAAUGCGUGUCCGUAGCCACAACCAAGCUGGUGUUUUGACGGAAUUACGUCACGUGGCGUCGUUUUUGGCGUCGGUGGACUAGAAAAUUCCCUAAUUAAAGUGAUAAAUCGAUAGAAGAAAAGUUUGGAGGGAAGGAAAAUCGAGUCAAGAGCCCCAGUAGGCGCCGGAAACAAUUAGUUGUUUAUCUUUGAUUUGGUGAAAAUUGUGAAAAUGCGCGACAACGAUCAGGAAAAGUCGCAGUCUCCGGACCAGGCGGAAAAGCGGCGAAGUCGGAGCACCUCAAACAGUAGCAAGAACAGUAAUAAGAGCAAACAGAGCCGUUCCAGUUAUUCCAAGUCACGUUCAAGGUCCCGGAGCAGGAGCAGUGAGGCCGAUGGUUACAGGCUCCACAUUGCUGAUAUAGGGGACGAUGUGCGAAAAUCCGACUUGGAGAAGGUUUUCGCUCCUUUCGGAGACUUGAAAGAGGUCUGGAUGACCAACAGUACGCCGUGUUUCGGCUUCGCCGUUUUCAAAGACAAAAAGGCAGCUAAUGCAGCUUUGAAGGCCACGGACGGGAUCGAAGUGGCUGGGAGCAGGAUUAGGGUGACCCAUGCCAGGCCCAGAACUAGGGGCUCAGGGAGGAGGUUCUUCAAUUCUAAUAUGAGAUGCUAUCAGUGCGGUUAUUCCGGGCAUUUUUACAGAGACUGCCCGGAAUUGAACGGCGGAGGCGGCGACAAGCGCGAUCGCAAUUCACGGCACAUGGUAUUAAUUUAUAUGGUUUGGUUAAGCAUAUUAUAUGGAUUUGUUUGAUGGGUGUCCAUAUAUGCCAGUUGGUGACUUGGUGUGGAACUGACAUAGCUUUUUGGCCCUGUAUGAGUCAGAGUAUGGUGCUCAUUAUGGUAUAAAUAUUUUUAGUUACGAUUCGCACUACGAUCGGUCUAGACGCCACAGAGAUAGAGACCGUGGUGACUACUACGAGAGGGACUAUGGACGAAGACACCAAAGGUCUUCACGGAGAUACGACGACUACAGGAGAAGCAGUCGCCGUCAUCGUUAUUGAUGACUUUUCUUCAAGGGUAUUUAUAGAUUAUUUAAAAGAAAAUAUUGUUUAUUUCUGCAUUUCCAUUGUGUGUU